AUGAAAGCAUUCCUCUCACUUCUCGAUCACAAGCCCUGUCCGGUGCCUCUGCCUCUUGCUGGAGUUACAGUGGUUAGCCUCGAGCAAGCUAUUGCUGCGCCCUUUUGCUCGCGACAACUUGCCGAUCUUGGAGCUCGAGUCAUCAAGGUUGAACGACCAGGUGUUGGAGACUUUGCACGACAUUAUGACACGCGAGUCAAUGGCCUAGCGUCGCAUUUUGUAUGGACCAAUCGCUCUAAGGAGAGUUUGGCUCUGGACUUCAAAUGCUCCAAGGACCAUGCAGUCCUGAUGAAGCUCCUCGACAAGGCUGACGUUCUCGUUCAGAACUUGGCUCCCGGUGCUAGUGCGCGACUGGGGCUUUCUCACGAGGCAUUAAAAGAGAAAUACCCUGGUUUGAUCGUGUGCGAUAUAUCGGGAUAUGGGCAAGAUGGUCCAUAUCGUGACAAGAAAGCCUACGACCUUCUUAUUCAGAGUGAGGCUGGAAUGCUAUCCGUCACGGGCACUGGAAAAGAGCCGGUGAAGGUUGGUAUCUCUAUCGCCGAUAUUUCCGCGGGAAUGUACGCCUACAGCAACAUUCUCUCGGCGCUACUGCAGCGUGGUAAAGAUGGCCAGGGUUGCCAUCUUGACAUCUCCAUGCUAGAGAGUAUGGUAGAAUGGAUGGGAUUCCCUAUGUACUACGCAUACGACAAUGUUCCAGGACCGCUGCCAGCAGGUGCCUCGCAUGCGGCUAUCUACCCUUAUGGACCGUUCGGAGCUGGUGAUGGCCAGUCGGUCAUGUUGGGCGUUCAGAAUGAGCGGGAAUGGGUUAGUUUCUGCAACCGCGUCCUCUCACAACCAAAUUUAGCCAUCGGUCCUAGAUUUUCGAGCAAUUCACAACGAACUCGAAAUCGGGAUGAGCUCAAAUCUAUCAUCCACGACGUGUUCUCGAAGUUUACAGCAGAGGAAACAAUCGCUCGGUUGGACGAAGCGUCAAUCGCCAAUGCUAGUGUCAACGACAUGAAAAAUGUUUGGGACCACGCUCAGCUUCAAGCACGAGAGCGGUGGACCAAGGUUAAAACUCCCAUGGAGCCAUCCCGGCUCUUUUGCCUCCUGGAUCAACCAAUCCCGCCGAAAAGGGUGGAUAUGGCGCUCAGAUGGGUUCGGUUCCACGGGUUGGAGAGCACAAUGAAGCCAUUCUAG